UGAAUAUAUCGUCUAGAUUGUGCGUUGUUUAAAAAAAAAAUUCGCGAGUUCGAUGAAGGACUCGUGUAGUAUAAAUUAGCAUUGUAAAAUUAUUUGUUUAGAAAUGUUUUAGUAUUUUUUUAAUUAUUUUAUAUUUGAAAAGCUUUAAAUAUGAAGUAUCUAUUUGUUGUGUUUUGUGUGUUAUUUUCGCAACAUGCUUCAGGAGUUAUUUAUCGAUUAAAUGCUUCGGAGUACAGUCGACUACCUCAGCUAUUCCACUACGAACCAUACUACAGCUGCCUGUUAGCUGCUGGAGACACGUACUGCUAUGUCGACGCUAGACUCUUGGCCAAUGAGUCGAAUCAGCUGUUUGAUGUCAUCAAGGGUUACUCAGCGUACAACAAAACGCACUUCGACCACACAAUCGUGCACCGAGGCGUGUGCGUGACGCAGACGUGUCGUGACUACCUGGACAACGCCACAGGAGUAGUUCCUGCUGUUGAAGCGUGUUUUAAUGAUACACUUUAUAAAAGCUAUGGACUUCAGACAAAAAUAUUGAAAGACUUCGUAUACUGUACUAAAUUUGACGAGCCAGCUGGCUACGAUUUGGUCGACUAUACCAUCGUGGUACUACUACUCGCGCUGGUACUGCUGAAUGUGGCAGGCAGUCUGGUUGAUUACUUCGGCUGCACUGGAAAAAAAAGUAUAGGAGGCCGACUGCUGCUCUGUUUCUCAUUUAAACGCAACUGGGAUCGCCUGCGCACGGCGGCGGGGGAAGGCCCGGAGCCAAGACUGAAGCGACUGAAAUGCUUCACCGGACUCAAAACUAUCACGACAAUGCUCGUGAUCAUGGCUCAUUCUCCGCUCAACUCCGCCAUUUCCACCGUCGAUCCCGAGUUCCUGGAAAACUUAUACCACAACCCGGCAGCAACCUUCCUCUUCAACGGGACGCUGAUCGUGCAGACUUUCUUCCUUGUCUCCGGGUUCCUGCUGGCCUACAACCUGUUGCUGAUGGAGGAGACACGGACUAUCGGCUGGGACAUGCUGCCGAAGGGAGUGCUAAUCAGGUGGCUUAGAUUAACUCCUGUCAACGCUGUGAUCCUAGCGUUCAUUGCCACGUGGCAGAGGCACUUGGGAAGUGGACCCUUAUGGAAGGCAUUGGUGCACAAGGAGGCAUCUCAGUGCCGACGCGACUGGUUCUACAACUUGUUGUAUGUCAACAACUACGUCGACAACUCAGACUGCAUGCCGCACACAUGGUACUUAGGCGCGGACAUGCAGCUGAGCGUUCUCGGACUGGUAAUAUUCUGCCUCAUCACCAGCUCCAACUUUCGUAAGAUGGCUGUCGCCGCCGUGUUCUUGGUCGGCCUACUCACGCCGGCGAUCCACGUCGUCGUUCAGAAUCUUAGUCCUAUCCUGCUUGUGUCGCCUGAAGUGGCCCGUAACAUCUUCGUGACCGACAUCACCUUCAACAGCCUGUACAAACGCGGACACACAAAUUUAGUCAACUACGCCAUUGGCCUUGCAUCUGCCAUGAUAGUCUACCGGCUACAGCAAAACAAGUUCGACGUCACUAAGUAUAAGAAAUACAUCCUCUUAUACUACGGAACAUUCCCAUUCGGCGUAUGCCUGAUCUCCAGUGGCAGUUUCCUGUACAUCGACGGCAUAGAGAUUCCGAUAGCGGUCCGGGCGGUGUACGCGAGCGCGUUGAGACUUCUAUAUGGACUCGCUUUUGCUGUGCUUUUUAGCGGCGCGGUCUUCAAGUUUGAAAAUCUGUACCGCGGUGUGCUGGAAUGGCGAGUCUGGGGCCCGUUUGGACGGCUGUCCUACGCUGCAUUUCUGGUGCACCUGAGCAUCAUUAGAACCGUGACGGGAGCAUAUGCCGUGGUAGCGUACAACUCCUUCAAUCAGAUGGUGAUGAUGUUUCUAGGCGUAUUGUUCCUGUCAUACAUAAUCUCAGUUCCGCUGUGGAUGCUGAUCGAAGCCCCCUUCUGCGAGCUGGUGAAGGUCGUCUUCUACCCGAAGAAGAAGGAAAGUAAACCUGCCGAGUUGACGAUAAAGUGCGGGGAGAAAAAGGAAAUCACUUGUAUUAAGUUAUAAUAGAAAGGAAUAAAAUCGUUUUUUAUGAGCCUAA